CUUGCACUAAAAGACAACGCCAUGGCGCGUGGGACGCAUAAAUACCAGUAUUACACAUUAUGAAACCAGCCUACUGAAAAGCAAAACAUUGUUCCCUGUACUUCGAAUACAUCGCAGAGGGUGGACCAUGGCGGCUGCCACGAGCACCAGUGCAGCCACGCUACAGAUGAAGCAUUCCAGCCUCGAGCAUACACGGAAACGCAUUGACCCUCGGCGGAGGCAAGCUGCACUCUCUUUCCUGAGCAACAUUUCUUUGGAUGGGCGACCGGUGCAGGAUGAUGGGGACAAUCAAAUCGACGAGGACAGUUCAGUUGAGGCAAGGACUAGACAGAGCCUGGUUUCUGCAGACCGUAGUGCUGUGUAUUCGGCGGGCGUUCCAGCCGCUGCCACGGCGGCCCAAGCACUGGCUGCUGCAAACCAGGCUCAUGCGAUGAACAACCGAGCUAGUUUUGGAAUAGGCUCUUUCGCAGCCUCCACGGGUGCUGAUGCGGAAGGCGAUGCGUUCUCUUGCGGGACACCGGGGGGACAGUCUGUGUUCAGCUCUCCUUUCUCCGCAGUGCCAGCCGCGACCCGAGGGAGGCUUCAGACCUAUACUCAGGGAAUUCUACCUGCUGCCUAUGCCAGACAGUCCUCGCAGAGCCACUGCUGUCUGGAAGGUGGUCAGAUAGGCACUGCAGCUCUGGAGCUGCAGAGAUCCAGGCGGAGACUCAUCUCCCAGCGAUCGUCGCUGGAGACGUUGGAGGACAUUGAGGAGAAUGCUCCACUUCGCAGGUGCCGAACCUUGUCGGGUUCACCACGACCAAAGAGCUUCAAGAAGGUCCACUUCAUCAAGAACAUGAGGCAGCAUGACAUGCGCAAUGGAAGGAUAGUCCUUGUCAGUGGCAGAAGAUCCUUCUAUAGUGUUUUUUCUGUCCUGCCCUAUCGAGAUUGUAGCCAAGCAGGGGAUGUCAAAAUGGAGAGCGGGCGCCAGCGACACCCCUCGGGCGGCGUGAGUGCCAAGGAGAUGGUGAUCGGCCUGGAGGGCGUGGAACUCGGGGCAGAUGGCAAGACGGUAUCGUACACACAGUUCCUGUACCCGACCAAUGUGCUCGGAGGGUACAGGAGGAACACCAUUGACUCCACCUCGUCCUUCUCGCAGUCUCGCAACGCCAGCCACCGGAGUCUCAUCCUGGCACGUGCCAACAGCAACCAGAGCAGCCUUGACACAGGGAAUGACUUGGGAGACUUCAGGGAGUACGACCCGAAUCUCCUUGACGACCCUCAGUGGCCGUGUGGGAAGCACAAGCGGGUGCUCAUAUUCCCUUCCUACAUGACCACAGUCAUCGAAUACGUCAAGCCCUCUGACCUCAAGAAGGACAUGAACGAGACAUUCAAGGACAAGUUCCCGCACAUUCGGCUGACCUUGAGCAAAAUACGCAGUCUGAAGAGGGAGAUGCGUAAGCUGGUGCAGGAGGAGUGUGGCUACGAGGAGCCCACGGUGGCCAUGGCCUUCGUCUACUUCGAGAAGCUGGUGCUGCAGGGCAAGCUCAACAAGCAGAACCGCAAGCUCUGCGCCGGCGCCUGCGUGCUGCUCGCCGCCAAGAUCGGCGGAGACCUCAAGAAGCACGACGUCAAACUGCUCAUAGACAAACUGGAGGAGCGGUUUCGGGUGAACCGCCGCGAGCUGAUUGCCUUCGAGUUCCCGGUGCUGGUGGCGCUGGAGUUCAACCUGCACCUGCCGGAGCACGAGGUCAUGCCCCACUACAGACGGCUGCUGCAGGCCUCCUAGCACCAGCUCCCCGUCAGGGGAGGCUCCCGGCCCGGCCCCGGCCCGGCCCGCUACGCCUCCUCUGAUCUCCUCCUUGCCACUACCACACCGUUCCCCGAUUACCACCCCUGGAAAACGCUAUGCCCCUGCUGUAGCUCCCACCUGUUCUGUUCACCCCUCUCCACCUCUGUUAUUCCCCUGGAAACGCCUCCUUCCCUGCUCCCUUUUCCCCUGAUCACCAUAGCAACACUAUCACCAACUCCCCCCGCUCCAGCUCACCUGUCCUGAUCAUCCCUGAAAAAGCGCUACCCUCUCCACCUCUCUUGAUGCCCUGGUAAUGCCCACCUUCUCUGCUACACCUCUUUUGAUCACCCCAACCAAUGACAUCCCCCUUCUCUUGAUUUCCCUAGUAACAACAACAACAACAACAACAACAACAACAACAACAACAACAACUCUCUCUGUUCGUAUCACCCGUGGCAACACCACUAAUUGCCUCGGCCUGCCCAGACUACCCCAUCCUGUCCUCUUGAUCCCUACACCCCCAACCCCAACCUGCAUACAGAAAUGAACACGCCUUCGUAAUAAUUAUAGAACCCCAUCUAACAGCUGAAGGGACAUGCAUCUGAACAACUGAUCAUUUAUGCAGACUUUUUUUAAGUGGGGAAGGAAAUGUGAAAAGGGAUUCCCCUACCCAAGCACCCCCUCUCUCUCCAAAGCUGAUUCAUGUUUUUUUUAUUAUUAUUUUAUGGUUGUGAACAAACAACAAAAUAUCCAUUGUGCACAUUUGGCCUGGCAUAUUUCCUUCCUUGCCACCCAGGCUAUUGCACCCUUCCCCGUGCUCAGUGGUCAGGUAUGGUACUGGCUGCAGGCCUCUGUGUGCGCAUGUCAUGUUAGUGUCUGCAUGGCAUGGCAAGGCAUGUUGACACACUGUUCAAGCGGCAGCACCCCCAAACUCUUUAAAGAUGCUCUCAAUUAAUUAUUAUGACUAUUCCAAAGUUGAAUAACUGUAAUCACAACCUACUUAGCAAAGCUUUUCCUCUUCUUUUUUGUUAUUGUUGUCAUGGCUUGUUGCCUUACUUCCCAUUGCCGAGUCAAUCUGAGUCUUUGCCAGAGUUGGAUGCGACAUGACUGUUACAUAGAACAGUGAUUUCACACAAGUGGAAAAAAAAAACAUUCAUCUCAUUCUCACAUCACUAGAAGUGCACUUUUCUGUCUUGGUUUUGCUGACCAGACCUGUGUGUCAAAUAUAGUGUGUGUGGGUGUUUGCCUGUGCAGGAACAUGUGUGUAUGUGAGAGUGCUACAGCCGAGAGUUCUGAAACUGGUCCUUAACGUCUUGAGACAAGGAGCUAGUAUUUUCAUUCUAAAUACUGAAUUGAAUUAUUUUUUUUCCAUGACUUUCAUGUUUCACAUGUUCACUUGUAUCUAACAAAAAACUUGGAUUUUACAUAGGCUUCCUGUGGAGCCAAAUCUUUCGAUUGUUCUUAUCACCAAUCAUUUGUUUCAUUUAAACGAGACACUAUUUUUCUUUUUCAUUUUCUCUCUUGAGGGAGGAGAUCGGCAGCCUAGCCUCUGUGGAAUUUUUAUACUCUUGUAAGUAGUGCUUUGACGCACACGGAGUCCCUGAAUCUCUUUUUUUCUACUAGUGUGUACUGACUUAGAGCAUUUGGUGAACUAGGCCCUACGGCGUUCGGUAUGUUCUCCUGGACCCUGCGCUCUAUGUUAGAGUGGAUUAUCAGCACGCUUUACUGUGCUACAUGGGAGUCGGGCAGGAGGCACCGGGAACGAGCUCGCUAGCAGCCCACAUCAAUGACGAUGUUGAUGUAGAUGAUGAUGAUGAUGAUGGUGAUGAGGACAGCUGCUGAAGAUGCAUCAUAUGUAGUAGACAGAGAUCAAAGGAGACAGAGGUCCACUGUCUGAUUCUUUUAUAAGCUACAGUCUUAAAGAAAAUGCCCUCUGGAAGCAUCGUUGCAAUGUUAACUGGAAUGCUGGUGUUCAAUCCGGUUCUCAAAGGACAAAGAUGUUCACGCUGUUCGUGGACUAGAUGUUUUGUUGAUUUAUUUCUUUUUUUUUUGCUCUAAGAGGUUGUCUUGAAUCCAUGAUGUAAGUCAAUUUUGUUUGUUUUGGAAUCAGUGUUUCACUGGGAAUGCGUGGUCAUCUCUCUUCUCUGACAGUGGUGGGAGUCAAAGUUUCAUGACGAAAUCGAAAAGGAAUAUCGAUUCAUUUUUCUCAGAUGUUUGUGGUUUUAAAAAAUAUGGUUACCAGCAUUCAAUCUCCAUUCAAGUUUUUUCAAGGUUUUUUUGUUUGUUUCUGUGGCUACUUUUGAUUUUUUAAGAUAGUUGUAUAAAUCAGUAUGUUAAAUGCUACAGAUUUGCCAGAUUGCCAAUCAACAUUCUGUUAGUGUGAAAAAAAUACAUAUUGUACCUUUGUAGGGCACGUUCAGAUUUUACAUUUACUUUACUUUGGAAAAACCAAAAGUAAUAUGUCAAUCGUUGGAAUAGAAUUUGGCUUCAGGACACGCACUUUAGAUCUUUGUGAUAAAGUAAUUUUAUCCACUCAUACAUGUAAAUACAUACAUAUUCUUAAAAAUAUGUAUGUGUUUGCUUAUGUAAAAUAUAUAAAUAUAUAUAUAUAUAUGCUCAAGAGUGUGUGCCUGCGUGUAUGUUUGUGAGUGCGGUUGCGUGGGUGUAAAUAUGCUGCUUUGCUUGUUCAAUAAAAAAAAGAUGAUUCAAAUCCUGCUGUGCAGUACUUAUUGAAAGACUCUUCCUGUGUUUUUGCUUCUGUUUGGCGUUGCUUACUGUACAGGGUGCCACACUGUCCUGUGGGAGGGGAGGAACCCCCGCUCAAGCCCCCACAGCUGACGGCUCCACACCCAGCAGCACCAGUCCCAUGAGCACACUCUCACAAUAAGACUCUGGGGACUCUAGAAAGACACACAAAGACCAAAUGAUGAAAGACACACUGU